GUACACGUAUGUAGGUGUGGGCAUUUGUUGUACAUACGAGUGUAUGGAAGUUUCAACGAAUUCAUUGAAUGCCGAAUUUGGUGGCAGAAAAAAUUAAUUGCUCAUACCAACGAGAUAUUUAAUGGAUUUGAAAAGCAUGAACUCCAUCAUUUGGUUGAUUUUGUUUGGUGUUUUGGCAAUUGUUCCUGGUUCGACAUUAAAUGCUACCAAAAGGACGACAGUGACGGCAACGAAAGCCGAGGUGGAGGCGAGUGCGAGCCCAAUACCAACAAUAAUUACACCAGAAGCCAAGACUGACGCCUUGAUAAGGAAUUCAAUGGUUGAAAAAAAUUCCAUGACACUCACCCCACAGGAAGUCACGAUGGACUUCAAAACUCAUUCAAUUAGUCCGCCACUAGCGGGGAAAGAGAGUGUAGAGGCUGAUGCUAGAGCUAAGUCAUCAAUAACAUCGUCAACAAAAGACCAACGAAUGAAAGACGAACUCUACGCAAAAACCGUGCAGGGAGAGUUGGCUAAGACGUUUUGGACGGCGAUGGACACAGAUGACUACGUGUUUGGUGCUGACUUUUCUACUGUAGCAAUAACAAAAACAACUGAAAGGACAAAGCAGAGUGAUAUUCCAGAAGCCAAAGUGACAAGAACAGCAGCAGCCAAAGCAUUCAGUGGAGGUUCAUCGCAAUCACUAACAAAAGUUGAUGUGACAACAAAGCAAAUAAAAGCGUCCUUAAAUCGUACUGAGGCGUUAGCUGCUCAGAGGGUUGGUUGGAAAGUUGCAAGUGAGAAGGACAAACGACGAAUUGAUUCAAUGGUCACCAAGUCAACAGCAGCAGUGACACCGAAAGCUAUAAUGAAUUCGAAUAAUACAACAACAACACCAGAAGAAACUGAAUCGACCUUGGUGUCAGCGAGUAGUGAGGAGACAACAACAGACGCGCUGCCAGUAGCAGCUGGCCAACCAAAGCCUGUUACAGCAUUGCUUCCGCUCACUACGCCGAGCGGCGAAUUCACGCAGCAAAAUUAUGAAAAUAUCGCCGAUGGCAAACGCGCCCACAGAGCACAAAUCUUCAGCAAUAACAAAUCCAAUUACAAUUAUGACUACAACCAAACACAAUUUGAAUACCAACAAGGUAAUAAUAACAACAACAGCAACGACAACAAUGCGGAUGUCGAAGAUGACGCCCAACAUAUUAGUAGCGGAUAUCAACAGCGACGGCAGCCAAAGCUGCCCUUGCGGCGGCCUAAAGUUGACAAAUAUAUCAGUGACAACAAAGCCAGCAAGGACGACAACAACUAUUCAUACACAUACAACAGCAACAACAAUUACUAUAAUAGCCAGCAAAAUGCCGUUAGCAGUAUGUUGGUUAUGCAGCAGCACGAAUUGCCGCCACGGAAAAUACGCCAACAGCACGCGCGUCAGGUGCAACAAGAACAACAACAACAUGCAAUAACACCACCGAUAUCAACAUCGACUGCGGCGACUAUCCUUACAGCUAUGGAAAGUAAUUUGAUUAGCAACGAUAUGCAGUCGAAACAGAAUGAGGAUAAUUUCAACAAAUCAGCAACAACAACAGCAAAGAAUAAAACAAUAAGUCCACAGCAAGCGUCCGGUAUAGACAACAUUCUGUUUACUCUUAAGCCAACAACUUCCUGGUCCGAGCAAAUAGAGGAUGCUGUGCAGAGCGUCGGUGAGCGUGAGGCUAUAAAUGUCACCACUACGACCGCUUCGCCAUUUCCCACAGUCUCAACAACAACACUGAAGUCAACCACUAGACGACCAACUCCAACAACCACGCCAAGGCCGACGCCUUCGAUCGACGACUAUCAAACGGUGAUCAGUCAGGCGGGCACACACGCCUAUCUGCCAUGCAAUGUGAAGCAGCUGGUAAAAAAGCCGAUUUCCUGGCUGCGGGUGCGCGAUGAGCACAUUUUGACAGUCGAUCAGACCACCUUCAUUGCUGAUCAGCGCUUCCAAGCGAUAUUUGCACCGAAUCCAGAACGAUGGUCACUUCAAAUCAAAUACGUUCAGCUAAAGGACGAGGGCACUUACGAAUGUCAGGUGUCCACUGAGCCGAAAUCAAGUGCCAUUGUCACACUACGAGUUGUGGAACCGAAAACGGAAUUGAUUGGAGAGCCAACACGGCACGUCAAGGCGGGCAGUCAAGUGAAGCUGCGUUGCAUAAUUAGCCAGGCGCUGGACCCGCCACUUUUUAUUAAUUGGUUCCACAAUCAGAAGCAGAUUUAUUUGCACAGCCGUAGAGGGUGGCGCACGGAAAUCGAACGCAUCGAGUUGCCGAUAACCGAUGCGCCAACAACUACUACAACAACAGUAGCGUUAAUAAAAACAACUACAUCUACAUACACAACGACGAUGACAAAUUUAUCAACAACAGCCGAAAGUGCGACUACAACAAAAGCUGAUACCGCCGCAGAUGGCGCUGCUCCUUCGCCAUCUCCUGUAACGCCAGCAACAAAGCCAACAACAACGACAACAACAGCAGCAAUAAAGGCCACACUCCUAGCGGAAAGGCAGGUUGACAGCUCGAGCGACAGAGAGAGUGGAGACUCAGAGUCGGCAUCAGCGAUGCCUACGGUCAGUUCGCUUCCGUAUGGACGAGCAGUGGGCGUCGCCGAUACCUAUGGUUUUGGCACUGGCAAUGCUACUUCAUCACUGCUGGCAGACGUGGCGGCGGCAGUGGUCACAAUGUCAACAGCGCUGCCCUCCAUAACAAAGGCGAUAUAUUGGCCGACAACAACAAUAACUAAAACAACAAUGAGUACAACAUUAGCUGCAGUGGAAGUGAGGCAAAUAACGACUGCAUCACUAAUAAUACCAUCGGUUGAAAAACAGGACUCUGGCAAUUACACUUGCAGCCCCUCCAACAGUGCACCUAAAACUGUUAUCAUUCACGUGCUCAACGGCGAGUAUUCUGCCUCGGCGAUAACUUCCGGUGUCCGUAGUAAUAUUGAGUUGCUCGAUAAAUUCAAAUGUGGUGGAGCACUAUUGUUACUGAGCCUUUGGCAACUUAAAUUUACGAUAAAUCCCAACAUAAUACGAAUUCUCUCAGCAGUGACGUUGAUAUGGAUUUGACUGCAAACUCACUCUGGCAGCAAUAGGAGAGCAUCAAGUCACAACACGAUUGUGAGUGAUAGCCAAACGAGCAUCGAAAAGUCAAGAGCAUUGUACGGGAGGCAGGUGCUUAACUGCAGAUGAAUUCAUCACUACUGACUUGCCGAUCAUUUAUUUAACAGACGCAGCAACUCCUGCUUGACAGCAUAGUCAUUGUGGAGCGCAAUAACAGUACUGGUAACGACGAGCGAAAUCAAGAGCGAUCAUAACUUAAACAUCGUAUUUAAUAUUAGAUUUUAAGAAGAAACUUACUAUUGAGAACAGAGCACAACUUAACUGUAUUAAUAGAUAUAAGUUAACCAAGUUGUUGUAAUGCGCAAUAUAUAAAGUUUAAGAUUUGGCUCUUUUCUGCUCCCAGCAUACAUUUGUGCAUUUUACUCCUAAGAUAAACAUAUUUACUAUAGCAAUAAAGUAUGAAAUAAGAAUGCAAAUUUAGUUACUGAUGAAAAUUAUUCAUAAAAAGCAAAAUAAUUUUAUUUUUUAUAUUUAAGCAAAGCUAAAAUUAGGUAAAUUUUCAGAAAACUAUUUUCUCUGUGCAUUAGUUGAUUUUGCUAAAUUUUGAGUAUUGAAAAAGGAACUCACCGUAAGUUCAAGUUCUUAUUUGGACUGCGCAAAUUCCUCAUCAUUAUAUAAUUGGCACUUUGUAAUCGUUUUUUCGUCCGAAAUACACUCGGAGGCAGUUAGAAUAUUUAACUAUAUUUUUUAUUUAACCGGGAUUUGAACUCUAGCCUACCGAAUGUCAGUGCCAACCACUCGGCUACCGCGGUCUCAUCAUUACUGUCCUUAUAUAUGGUGAAGAAGCUAAACAAUGUGGACAUUCAAUGAGUCGGGAUUGUGAGUCUUCGUGAGAAAAGUUUUGAGAGAAACUUUGAACCAAUGGCGAGUACCGCAGUCGAUAUAAUGAUGAGCUGUAUGAGAUGUAUUAUGACCGUUCCAAUAUUCACCGAAUCGAAAGACACCCGCUACGCUGACCAGGUAGUGUGGUCCGAAGAGUUUUCGAUGCAGUACCCACGCGUAGAAGCAGAGGAAGGGAAAAACCUCCACUCCAUUGGAAAAAUCAAAUGCAGAACGGCCUGACUACACUUAAUGUUUGCAAUGAGCGUCAAAGACCGAAUGGACAGAUGAAGCGGCGCACUGCCUUUAGGAGAUCGACCAAACUGAUCAUAAAAAGGAGGAACUUCUCGGUACACUUUCUUAACUGAGCAUAAAUCUUGUAGGGCGUUUCGUUAUUAGUUUGAACCAAAUUUAACAUUUUUAACAGUGAACUAAAGCUCGAAGCCAGCGGGAUCUGUCAAAAACAGUAUACUAAGGAGAGUUUCUCAAAAGACGGUCUCCCAAUGUGAUUUGAGUUUCCACUCUGUGGAUCAAAUGAAUUUUUGUCUUGCCGUCUCCUUUGCCUUUCGAUUGACUCUUACGUUUCCUUGAAAAUGGUUUUUUGUUUUUGGUGGGAUGAAAGAGCGGUAGAAGCUUCAGCAAAUUGUAUUUAUUAGCCUUUGUUUUGUAAAUAAACUACCAGAAACAAUUUGAGUUGCCACUUGUGGUUUCAUAAUUUAUAUAAGUACGAGUAUGUAUUUAAGAUAUGUAAUUAAUAGAAAAUUUGUAUUUGAAUAGAAAUAGAAAAUAUUGAGAAAUUUAGUGAUGUUACUUAAUAAGCCAAAAAGAAAAGAUAUGUAAAUACCUAUGCGUGUGUGCUACAUAAAUUACAUAUAGAUAAGCUAAGCAAACAUAUUAACUUCAAAUAUAAUAAAUAUAGAAUACAUACAUACAAUUAUUUUAAGAGAGUGAAUCUGAUUUUAUUUCUACCAACUGCGACUUUUGAACGCGGCGCUGAACUUUUGUUUCAUUUAGACGAACUGAAAAACUCUCGAAAUAUUUUCCUUUUUAUCACAAAACUGGCUCACAUUUUGUUUCUAUCCAACUUCAAGAAAGCACUUCGAUAUAUGUAUGUAUUUGAGAGUAACACAGAGAAGGUCAAAUCGAGUCGAAUUUCGACACAAAUUAAAUAUA